GCUCUUACGUGUGAGUUGUGGAGUUGCGUCAUGCUAUGUGCACGUAGUGAGCGAGCAGGUAAACAAACUCGCUUCCUUGCUGCUGCCGCUUACGAGCACCUUCAAAGGCCUCACAAAUGCAAUGAGCCUAGGUGAAAGUAUCGCUGCCAAAACAGAAUGCCUUGUCCCUUCCAAGGUCGUUGGGCAGGUCGAGGUUGGCAUGCAGUUCAGCUUGCCUCUGGCUGACAAGUCUGUCGGGUGCUCCUUCAAAGCAUGGAGCGUGUCGAGCAGCAUGCAGACUAUGGAGACUGUGGAUCAUUUAAGCUCCACCUCAGCAUCAAGGCCUUCUAUUUCUCCAUCAACUGCCACAUGUGACAACUUAAAGCAAGGAUGCUUCCACCGAUGUCACCUGUGUGACUAUGAGGCUGAUAAACUGUUUCGUCUGGAAGCGCAUACCAGCGUACACACUGGUGAGAAGCCAUUUCAGUGCCAUUUAUGCCCUCAGAGCUUCUCAGCAAGAUACAAACUAAACGUUCAUCUGGGCACCCACACGGGUGAGCGGCCAUUUAAAUGCCCUUCGUGCCUCCAGAACUUCUCACAAAAAAGCCACCUGAAAAGCCACCUACUCACUCACACAGGCGAGAAGCCAUUUGAGUGCCCUUCGUGCAACCAGAGCUUCUCACAAAAGACCCACUUGAAACGGCACCAGCAGAUUCACACAGGCGAGAAGCCAUUUGACUGCCCUUCAUGCUCUCAGAGCUUCUCACGAAAGGCCUACCUGAAAGCCCACCUGCGCAUCCACACAGGCGAGAAGCCGUAUCAGUGCCCUUCAUGCUCUCAGAGCUUCUCACAAAAGGGCAACCUUGUGAAACACCUGUGCACCCACAGAACCGAGAAGCCAUUUCAUUGCCCUUCGUGCCCUAGGACCUUUUCACAAAAGGACUACCUUAUGAAACACCUGUGCACUCACACUGGUGAGAAGCCAUUUCAGUGCCCUUUAUGCCUUCAGAGAUUCGCAUUCAAAAAUUCACUGACGAUACACCAGCGUGUUCAUACAGGUGACCGGCCAUACAGUUGCACCGUCUGCUCCAGGUCCUUUAGGCAGUCUCAACACUUGAGCAGACAUAAGAGAGCACAUCACCAUAAUAGUGUAGGGUAGGUCAACAGCCAUGUUGAACUAGUCGCAAUUAAAAAUUACAGACAAGUCACGUGUUGCAUAGUGUUCGGCUGCAUCAAGUAGCAGAAGUGCUUACACGUGCUCUUAAAUGGUCCCUGAAACACUUUUUUGGGGUCACCAUCUUUUCUCUAGAUCUUUUCUCAGCAUGUCAUAGAACAUGGAGCAAAAGAAAUUUUGAAAACUGACCCACACAAAGCUGUAACUGAGAAAAAAAAUUAACGGUACAGUUAAUGCUCAAUAUUAUGAAGACAGUAAAAUUAGUGAUUUUCCUUGUUAUAUUGUGAUUUUUAAUUAUUUGAAAAGUAUUCAAUAUUUGUUUCGAUCUCAAAAAUUGCUGUUUGCAUGCCCCUACAAAAUAUGUAUGUUUAUUUUAAUACUUAUUAUUACAUUAGAGAUGUCUGAAUAAUCUACUUUCUAAGUUCCGUGUUUUUUUUUAAUCAUUGCUUUUAAACAGUACACAUGAACUUGUUUUUUAGACCCAGUCAUGUAUUUAUUGCCCCGAGGUUCUUGUAUACAUGGUUCAUCCUGGAGAGUCUUUUGAUCGUAUUCUAUUCGCACCACUUUUUAUAGAUUGGUACAUCUUUAGAGCAAUUGAAUGUUUCCUUUCUUUUUUCCAUGCCAAAAACGUACAGCCAGCUCCACUGUCUGUUUCAUCAGAGCACCAAAUAAAUGCCUGUGUUUAA